UCCUCCGCUAUUUUUUUUUCCCGAUUGAAUUAUUCAUCCAUUUCUGUGUAAUCUAUGUGUAAAUCUAACUCGUUUAUUCACCGAUCUAAUGCGUGAUUGCAAAGCUUGGUUCUGCUGGUGUCCUGGAAUUUAACGCAGAAAGAUGGCCCAACAUAAUCCUAUUGUUUUUCUUGAUGUAUCUAUAAAUGGUGGAACUGCUGAAAGAAUGGUCUUUCAGCUCUUUGCUGACAUUGUCCCCAAGACUGCUGAAAACUUUCGAGCACUUUGCACAGGUGAGACGGGAGUUGGAUCUACAACUGGAAAGCCGUUACACUACAAGGGAUCCAUCUUCCACCGUGUUAUAAAAGGCUUUAUGGCACAAGGAGGUGAUUUUUCUAAACGUGAUGGAACAGGUGGGGAGAGCAUAUAUGGUGGGAAAUUUGCAGAUGAGAACUUUGUGCUCCGUCAUGAUGGCGCUGGUGUCUUAUCUAUGGCUAAUGCUGGUCGUGACGCUAAUGGCUCCCAGUUCUUUAUUACUUUUAAGUCUGCACCUCAUCUUGAUGGGAAACAUGUUGUUUUUGGGAAGCUUAUUCUCGGAAAUGAAACUCUGAAGAAAAUAGAGCAUGUUGAAGUUGAGGGUAGCAGACCUGUUGUUCCUGUGAAAAUUGUGCAUUGUGGAGAACUUAAAGAGAGCAAAGAUCAGAGCACUCUUGCAACAGAGAAUGAUAAAAAGAAAGCUGCUAAAUCAAAGUCAUCAAAGGAUUUUUCAGGCAAUGAAGGCUAUGAUGGGAAACGAAAGGGACGGCGCAGUAGACCUUCUAAAGGAAGGAAGAAGAAAAAACGAAGAAGAUAUUAUUCAUCAGAAUCGGAAAGCUCAUCUGAGACAGAAACUGAAUCAUCAGAGUCUGAAAGCGAUUCUGAUUCCUAUUCAACUGCUUCGUCUGAUGUCAGUACUUCGAGUGAUGACCGGCAUAGGAAGCGAAAGAAAUAUUCCAAGCGAGACAAACAUAAGCAUGGAAAAAGAAAGAGGGAUAGGCGGCGAGAUAAGAGACGCAGGAAGCAUGACAGGAAAUUAAAGCCCAAACCAAAGAGGACGUCAGCUAAUGUCAGUGAAACAGAAUCGGGUGCUAGUAGUGCUGAGGACGAUGGAGAUAAGAAACAAAAACAGAAGUCCAAGAUCUCUUCUCAGGUGUCUGCUGACAAUCAGCUCUUCUUGGACACGGCUAAAGGUAUUGCUAAUAGAAAGAAGGGUGAUACGAUCGAGAAUCCCACCAGAGAAGAAGAUGAUAGAUCCCCAUUUGAAAAUGGGGAGCUUCGGAGCAAUGGCAUGGCCGAAACAAAGUCUGUCAAAAAUGCUGGCAGCUUAACUGCUAUAGAUGGCAAUCGGAGCAAAUCUAGGAGCCAAAGCUUGAGUGCUAACCACUCAAUGAGCAAGAGCAUGAGUAUCAGCCCGAGGAACAAUGCCGGCAAAAGCCCUAGUGCGAGCCCCGUAAAGAGUCCCUAUCGUCAAAGCCUUAGCAGAAGCCCUCUCCCGCCCAAAAGUAUCAGCCGCAGCAGGAGCCCAUCUGGGAGAAGCAUUAGCAGGAGCCCGUCUCGGAAAAGAAGCAUUAGCAGGAGCCCAGCUAGAAGUGUCAGCAGAAGCCCAAUUGCUGAAGUUCGCAGAAGCACAAGCAGAAGCCCUGUUCAAGCUCACACAAGAAGCAUUAGCAGGAGUCCUAGUAGAAGCCCAGAAAGGUCUCCUGUGCGGAGAAGCGUGAGCAAAAGCCCUCCUCUCCCUAGGGAUAAAAGAAGAAGCAUCAGUAAAAGUUCAGCAAGAUCUCCGCAACGGAGAAGUGUUAGCAGGAGCCCUGUAAGGUCUUCCAGGAGAAGCAUAAGCAGAAGCCCUGUGAGGGAUGCUGUGCGGAGAAGCCUCAGCAGAAGCCCUGUAAGAUCCUUCAGGAGAAGCGUGAGCCGUAGCCCGGUGAGACCCCGAUCUCGGAGGAGCAAUAGCAGAAGUCCAGGAAGCCCUGUUCGCAGGGCGGUAUCACCACCUGUCAACCGUGGCAGGAGCUUGUCAAGAAGUGGUUCUCCAGAUGGGUCCCCAAAACGCAUAAGAAGAGGUCGAGGGUUUAGCCAGCGGUACUCAUAUGCAAGGCGAUACAGAACCCCCUCUCCGGAACGUUCUCCUGUUAGAUCUUAUCGUUUUGGUGGAAGAAGUGAUCGUGAUAGGUACUCAAAUUACAGAAGCUACCAUUACAGAUCUCCCCCAAGACGAUACAGGAGCCCGCCCAGAGGAAGAACUCCACCAAGGUACAGAAGCAGGAGGAGCCGUAGCCGAAGCAUAUCACGAAGCCCUGCUGGCUACCGCGACCGGACAAGAGGUGGCUAUAGUAGGAGCCCGGUCCGUAGCCGUUCACCCCCUGCUGAGAAACUAAGGGCUCGUGGCGGUCGAGACUCCGAAAACCGGCAUUCAAUUUCGCGGAGCAGGAGCCCAUCUGUGUCCCGGUCCAGGUCCAGGUCACAGUCUAGGUCCCGGUCCUCCCCAAACACCCCUGCACAGAAGCGCGUAAGCAAAGAAAAUUCAAGAUCUCCAUCCACCAGUUCUGGUGGGAAGAAGGGCUUGGUUUCGUAUGGAGAUGGUUCCCCGGACUCUGCUGGGAAGUAGGGAAAUAAAUAGUUUUGUAUGAGCUUAAAAAGUUUUUUCAUGAAUUCCUGGACUGUUGUUGUUGCUCCUUUUCACAUGAUAGAAAGCAACAGCCUUAAGGUGACUAGCUUUAUGAGAUGUUUUUAGUGAUGUACUAGUUUCGGAUUUUUACUGUAGUUUAUCUUUCACCUGAUGCUUGCUGUAUUCAUGUAUGGAUUUACAAACAUGUGUUUCUUGUCAUCCCAGUCUUUCUACUUUA